CGACGCACCAAAACUACGGGGGUGUGUCGAAGACUAAUCCGUCAACGACAAACCUCAUUCUUCUCGGGCAGAUGUCGUCUGACUUCGACUGAAUCCCGCCUGGCGUCCGGUCCAGGCCAAAUUGUCCAGUUUAGCCGUUUGUCCUCCCCAGGGGCUCAAACAUGGCUCUGUCAUUCCUUUUGGUCUUGGCAGCGACAGUGAUUCUUAUUAGACCAGAGACACCUGCAACCAAGGCUCUACAUCAUAACUCACUGGAGUGCUGCAGUGAGAAACUAAAGACCAACAGCUCGUGCUCAAACGACACUCGCUGCGAACCAGGAUGCUUCCUCCGCGUGCUCGAGGGCAGCAACACCGUUUGCAUAUUGUGCGAGCCUGCCGCCGUCGACUCGGAGAACACAACCACCUGCACCUACAACUAUACAAUGGACAGAAGAAACCAUACCACAGUCAAAACUGUUAUGCCUAAAAUUGGAGGUGCAGGCGUGGCCGCCUCGCUCCUUCUCGGGACGCUGUUGAUCAGCCUGUUCUUGAUCCUCUCUGUCGCCUCCUUCUUCUACCUCAAACGCUCCCAUCGCCUCCCAAAUAUCUUCUACCGCCACAACAAGGCCUUUAUAUUCCAACCAAGUGAGACGGCCGUCAUGAUUCCUUCUUCUACAGCGAGGAAACAACGCUACGUUCGACGGGAGCGUCCCUCCGGCGCAUCCGCCACGAGGGUCCACAAUGUGUAAGGCAGGGGGGAAGAGCCAAGGAGCCACGUGAGAGUCUCUCACCGAAAGACUUCUUGGAAGCCAAAUUGGAACCGCAGCUGUUUUUAUUCCGUGUCGCCUCAUGACAAAAUAGUGCCGCCGUCGCGCUCCCUCCGUGAAAUACGACGGUAUAAAAUUUCGGAAUGUCAUUGGUUAGCUUGUAUUUUUACUCAUUGGGGCCAUUUUUUUUUUCCGUCAUACUUAAACUUGACCUUUAAACCUGUUAGCGAGCUCAUGUGGAGUAUUUGCGUUAAUGCUGCACUGACACUGUAUAGGCUAAUAUUGAAGAAAUGCCUUUUUUUUUUUUUUUUUGUUCAUAGAGCCAGUAUUUGUAUGUCUGGAAAAAUAUAUUGCAGUAGCUGAGAAGAUGACAUCUGCAUCUUCUAUCACAAUCACAACUGGUAUCUUGGUAGCAUUUUUGUAACCAUGGCAACGGCGACUGACUCUUCAAAAGCGCGUGACAGAUCGGAUUUGUGCGUAUUCAUCAUUUUGAAGUUAACGUGCAGCGAGCCAGUGGCCUAGUUGGCUGAUGAUGACAACCAAUCAUCAUCAUCAUAACCCAGUGGCGUUUGAGCUCUUUUUUUUUUUUUUGUUUAUUUACUGUAUAAUUUGCAUUUCUUUACUGUACUUUAUAUAUGACCAUAUGUGACAUUUUUUUAUGUAUUUAUUAUUUGUAUGCUAUCAGCCAAGGUGAAUGUAUUUCCUUUUUAGAUGCCAAAUGUUGCAGUUAGGUGGACAAAAUUAUUCUUUCCGUGGUUAUAUUUAAUUAUAUAUUUAAUUUUUCAGAUGAAAAUGACGGUGACAAAACGCUGUAAGAAGAUGUGCACAUUUUUUUUUUUUUACAUUUAAAGAAAUGGUAUCAUCUUCCAAGUAAUUCAUACUUUUUCAAUACAUGUACUGUAGUAAAUUAUAGUUUAACCGUAAUACCGGGAUCUUUUAAAAUGGUGUAAAAAAUGUACAAUUAUUUUUCAUUACCAUUUAUAACAACUUCUUACAGUGUUGCCAAUUUCUUGUCAUUUCUUUUCUGAAGAUACGCAUUCAGCAAAUAAAAAUAGCUCGCUGCAAAUUAAAGGUAUGAAUAAUUUGGAGCUGAAGCUUAUGUACCGUAUAUUCCGCAUUAUAAGGCGCACCUCCAAUGACUGGCCUAUUGUAAAACUUUUUUCAUAUAGAAGGCGCAGCGCAUUAUUAAUAGACGCUAAAGUAGAGUUUGGGGUUACGUUAUGCAUCCCAUUAGAUGGAGCCGCACUAAAGAAUGAAUAUUGAUCCAUAUAUAAGGCGCACCGUCAGCUUUUGAGAAAAUUAAAAGGCAUUUAGGUGCGCGUUAUAGUGCGGAAAAUAUGGUACUUAAAAAUGUAUGUAAUUAUUUUAACUUCAAGAAGUCUUUGUCGCCUGAAAGAAAAACACCCCGAAUUGAAAUGAAGAAUACUUUGAAUGUAGAAUAAGAUCUUGGGUCACUUUAUAAGCAAAUGUCGGGCAUUUUUACGGGAUUCUCGAGGAGGAGAAGACGUUGCUAACUUUGCAGUGAAAUUUUAAAAUCAAACAAAUACUCUUUUUGAUAUAAAUACAGCGGAGUAUACUUGUUUGGCAAAAGUCGCCGAACAAAUUGAAUGUGACGCUUGUGCCAUGAAGAGCUUUAAACGUAUUCUUAUUUCCCAGAUAUUCCAGCGGCCUUUUACUUGUACGCGCCACUUUCAAAAUAAUCCAAGUUUUAUUUGCGACACUUAAUAUUUUGACAACGCGAGAUUUUGAAUGAGCACGUGCGGCCCGAGCAGAAGUAUCUCGAUAAAGUAGAAGUGAUCACGUGACUAUUUGCAUGCUGCCUAGUGUGUUUGAUAUUUGUCAGCGCAAUCCAUGUACAUGUUCUUUUAUACAAAUUAUGUAUUGUUUUGUAACUGUGUACUUGUGACAUGUGGAAGAAGGUUCCGGCGAUCAAAUGAAUGUGUGCGGGAAUAAAGCACCUUAAAGUUGUA